AUGGAUCACAAAAAAACAAUAUUUGUUCAUCUAAUUAGUACUAUUGGAAGAACACAGAAUGCCAAUUUACUUGUAAAAUGGAAGAAGCUUUGUAGUAAGAUGGAUUUUGUUAAAAAUUUCCAAGUAUUUAUUUUUAAUUAACAUGAUAGUUAUUAUCAUAAGGAGGUUAUCUUCCUUUGUCUUAUCCUAAUGAAGAAAAUUUGAAAUGGUCAUUGAGAUAUGAUCUAUAAUAAGUUGAUAAACCUAUAUAUAUUACGGUGUAUUUAAAUACAAUUCUGGAAUCUAAAGAUAUUUUAAAUAAAGAUUUGCCCAUUAAGUUAAAAAUUCAGUGGAUCUUAUUGUUAAGAAUUAGAUGA